GAAACACUCCCCGGUUUUAAAUGGAUUGGAAGUAGAGUGAAAGAUCUCCUAGAUAAUGGGAAAGAAGUUCUCUUUGCGUUUGAAGAGUCUAUUGGCUUCAUGUGCGGCACAUCAGUGUUGGAUAAAGACGGUGUAAGCGCGGCUGUGGUCACAGCUGAAGUGGCAACCUACCUGGAGAGCAAGAACCUAACGCUAGCACAGCAGCUCAUCGAGAUAUAUGAAACGUAUGGAUAUCACAUAUCGAGGACUUCCUACUUCUUGUGCUACGAUCCUCCUACUAUCAAAAGGAUAUUUGAGAAACUUCGGAACUUCGAUGCCCCUCAGUCUUACCCAAAGUUUUGCGGUAUUUACAAUAUAUUACACGUGCGAGAUGUUACCACUGGCUACGAUAGCAGCCAGCCGAAUAAGAAAUCGGUGCUGCCAGUGAGUAAAAGCAGCCAGAUGAUCACUUUUACAUUUCAAAAUGGUUGUGUUGCCACCCUUCGGACAAGCGGAACAGAGCCAAAGAUCAAGUACUACGCGGAGAUGUGCGCCAUGCCUGAGCAGAG